CGUUUUGUGGCAUUUAUAAUUAAUUAUUGGCUAAUGCUCUUUUUGUACUUCAGAAUUCAUCUUAUAAAUGCCCUUUAUUUUAUUUCAUAAUUAUUAAUAAUUUGCAUACAUAGAUUUUCCUAACUUUUCAUUCAAUAAGAUCUUCAUCCACGAACUUUGUCAAAGAACAUCGUUCAUAGCAAAACAAACACUGAAUAGCAUAAAUUUCCUUUAAAAAUUCAAUAAUUUAAAAUCUUGUACAUAAGCAUGGUUUAAAUUAUCAUUUUAGGAAUAACCUGAAUCAGCUAUUUAAAUAUGGCUGCUUAUUUACCUGAUACAGAUAGUGAAGAUGAAUUACCACCUGGAUGGGAAGAACGUGCUACUUUAGAUGGGAAAGUUUUUUAUGCAAAUCAUGUAACAAAGAGCACUCAAUGGUCUCAUCCUAGAACUGGAAAGAAGAAAAAAGUGACUGGAGAACUUCCACAUGGUUGGGAGAAGAAAGUGAAUGAAGAUGGCAAUGUUUUUUAUGUUGAUCACGUUAACCACAAAACUACUUAUACAGAUCCAAGGUUGGCUUUUGCUGUGGAGGAGAAAGAAUUUCCAACAGAUAUUCGGCAACGGUUUGAUGCUAGUACUCAUGCACUACAGAUACUUCAUGGUCGAGAUUUAGGUGGAAAAGUGGCUAUCAUAACUGGGGCAAACUGUGGUAUAGGUUAUGAAACAGCUAGAGCUUUGGCGUAUCAUGGAUGUGAAGUGUAUUUUGCUUGCAGAAACAGAAAAAGUUCUGUGGAAGCAAUGGAACGAAUUUGUAAAGAAAGGCCUAAUUCUAUAGUUCAUUAUAUUCAUUUGGAUUUGGAAAGUUUUCAGAGCAUUGAAGAAUUUUGUGUUAAAUUUAAUCGUGAGAAAAAGCAUAUCAACAUGCUCAUACUGAAUGCAGGCACUUUUGGUCUUCCAUUUUCCAUAACAGAAGAUGGUUUUGAAACAACUUUUCAAGUUAAUCAUUUAGGUCAUUUCUAUUUAGUUAAAUUACUAACGCCUUUGUUAAUCAAAUCUGCACCUUGUAGAGUUGUAGUUUUGUCAUCAGAAAGCCACAGGCAGUCAUUUAUUACCAAAGAAAAUAUUUCUGAAGAGAGACUCUCUCCUAAAACUGGAUAUGGAUUUUUUUCAAUCACUGCUUACAAUAACUCAAAAUUAUGUAAUAUAUUGUUUUCUAAUGAAUUAAACAGACGUCUCUCAGGUUUUAAAAUAUUUUCCAAUGCUGUGCAUCCAGGUAAUCUAGUCAGCAGUUAUUUGUCUCGUAACUGGUGGCUGUACAGAUUGUUAUUUGCUUUUGUUAGACCCUUCACAAAAUCGUUGACGCAAGCAGCUGCCACGACUGUAUAUUGCGCAAUAUCAUAUGAAUUGGAAGGUGUUGGUGGCAUGUAUUUCAAUAAUUGUUACAGAUGCCGAUCUUCAAAAAGUGCAGAUGACGAAGACCUGGCAAAACUUUUGUGGGAGCUGAGUGAAAAUAUGAUUGCACGUUCUCUGGAAAACAGAAAUAAAAAGACUAAAGACAAAUGUAUUAAAUGACAUCACAUGUGUAUAUAACAUUUUAAAUAUAUUACUGAAAAUAAAAUGGUAUCAUCAA